UGGGGGUGUGUGCUCGACCAGACCGAUCACACCGCAACUUGAGUCUCCCUUUCACAGCGCGAGACUGGAGGGAUGGAGCCAACCGGCUCGUUUGGCGCCGGCAAGGCUGGUAGCACGAGCUUCGACCCCGUUACUUUCUUAAAACAGCCUCGGACCAUCCUCAGGCUAUUAUCUUGGGUAUUUUCCAUGGUGGUGUUCAGUUCUAUAAUAAACGAAGGCUACAUCAACAUUGGAAGUGAACGGUUACUAUGCGUGUUCAACAAGAACUAUGAUGCUUGUAACUAUGGCGUGACGGUGGGUGUGGCCUGUUUCCUAGGCAGCCUCUGCUUCCUGGUUCUGGAUGUGUUGUUCCCGUCACUAAGCAGUGUGAGAGACAGACGGAGAGUAGUGCUGCUGGACCUGGCCUUCUCUGCCCUCUGCAGCUUCCUGUGGUUCGUGGGAUUCUGUUUCCUGGCCAAUCAGUGGCAACAGACGUCUGAGGAGGAGCUCCCAUUGGCUCAGGGCUCAGACGCCGCCAGGGCCGCCAUCGCCUUCUGCUUCUUCUCCAUCCUCAGCUGGGCAGGACUGACGGUCAGUGCUCUCCAGAGGCUGCUGUCUGGAACCAAUAUGACCCUCUUCACCUGCCAGCACCUGGACGCCUCCGGCCACGCCCAUGCCACGCCCUACCCCGUCGCCAACGGAGUCACCAUAGUAACCACCAACCCCUACCAAGCCCCACCCUUCACCGAGACCCUGGACCCACAAGCACUCAGCCCUCCAAGACCCGCCCCCGCCUUCUAGACACACCCACAUCAUAACAUAACCCCCGCCUACUAGACACACACACACAACAUAAUAUAACCCCCACCUUCUAGACACACACACAAUAUAACCCCCACCUUCUAGACACACACACAACAUAACCCCCACCUUCUAGACACACACAACAUAACCCCCACCUUCUAGAAGUUGAGGGAGGGAGGAGAGAUGGAGGGAUGGGUGGAGAAAGAGGACAGUGCCAAUAAAAGAUGUCUAGAGAGACAGAGAGAAAAAAGGAAAAACUGAUUCUUUUCUGGUUUCCUGCAUCCUCUGUGGCUGCUAUUGGUUGGUCCCCGGUCAGGUGGCAUCUGUUCUAUUUUCACCAUGGCAACUGCUGGCUCAGCCAAAGACACGGAACAUCAUUACCCACCCUGUCACACAAACACACAUUAACACAGACACAUAUUCACACACACACACAACACACACGCAAAGAAGCUAUAGAGACUUGACCAAUCACACAGUCUCUCUGAGUUCACUGUAGCCCAUUGGCUGAGAAACAUGAUUGACAGUUGGGGGAGGGAGGAUGGAGGGAAGGGAGGAAGAGAUGUAAGGAGAGAGAAUGGAGAGUUUUCAGGAUGCGGUGUGUGUAAGAUUCCCACAGCUGCAGUGUGAAUAUUUGAUGUAGUUUAAUAUUUCAUUAAUAUUAAUAUUUGAUUGUAAAAAGCUAAGACAGAAUAAUGAAAGAUGAAAUAAACAACUAGACUUGCA